GCGGCAGCGGAUCACGUGGGCGGCGUGUCGGAGGUCACGGCGCGGCUCACAAUGGAGCUGUCGGAGGCCGCGCAGGGCGGCUUGCGGCUGCUGGCCGAGCCGGGCCGUUUCUCCGCCCGCGCCUUCGCCGCCCUGCUGCAGGCCGCCUUCCGGAGCUUGCUGAGCGGCCCGGCCGAGCUGGAUCAUCCAGACUUGGAACAUAUUGACCCAGCAAUUUUAAAAUACUGCCAUGCUGCAGCAACAACUUGUAUAGUGGAAGCUGGAAAACACAGAGCUGAGGGAGCUGCCAUAAGCAGUUAUCUAGAAGACUGUAAGUUUGACAAAGAAAGAAUGGAACAAUUUUGCACCGAAUAUCAGAAAAACAAAGAUUUCUUGGAAGUCUUAUUGGGAAGUGUAGGUAGAUGUCCACUGCAUGUAACGGAUGUUUCUUGGCGUCUAGAAUAUCAAAUAAAGACUAAUCAGCUUCAUAAAAAUUAUCAUCCUGCCUAUCUGAUGACCUUAAAUGUAGAGAGCAGUGACUCAAGAUCUCAGCCGGACCUUAAUUUUAGUUGUUCUAUGGAACAAUUACAGGAUUUAGUUGGGAAACUAAAAGAUGCAGCUAAAAGCCUAGAGAGAGCAACUCAGCUGUAAUUGCAGUCUCCUGGUAGCCUUCUGGAUAUAAGAAGAAGAGAGAUUGCCUGUCUCUAAUAGUUUCUUCUUUGAGUGUAAAAUAACUCCUUGUUCUCUGUUUAUUUGAUGGAAUUUUGGCUAAACUAAGGUAGUUGAAACUGAAUCCCUACUUUCUAGACAGUAUUACAAGUUUGAUGUGUAGAAAAGAUAGAAACAUUUGUCAAAGUCUUAUGGAAAUAACUAUUUGUUUGAGUUCUCCACAUUCCAAAUAACUGCGUUGACCUCUUUUGGAACAAGCCUUUGUUUUAUUCAAUUCCUAUUUAAAGUCUCUAAUAAAUAAAAAUGUGUCUA